AUGCAAGCCGUGGCAGGCAUUGCUGAUGCAGUGGCAGACAUUGCUGAUGCAGUGGCAGGCAUUGCUGAUGCAGUGGCAGGCAUUGCUGAUGCAGUGGCAGGCAUUGCUGAUGCAGUGGCAGGCAUUGCUGAUGCAGUGGCAGGCAUUGCUGAUGCAGUGGCAGGCAUUGCUGAUGCAGUGGCAGGCAUUGCUGAUGCAGUGGCAGGCAUUGCUGAUGCAGUGGCAGGCAUUGCUGAUGCAGUGGCAGGCAUUGCUGAUGCAGUGGCAGGCAUUGCUGAUGCAGUGGCAGGCAUUGCUGAUGCAGUGGCAGGCAUUGCUGAUGCAGUGGCAGGCAUUGCUGAUGCAGUGGCAGGCAUUGCUGAUGCAGUGGCAAGCAUUGCUGAUGCAGUGGCAGGCAUUGCUGAUGCAGUGGCAGGCAUUGCUGAUGCAGUGGCAGGCAUUGCUGAUGCAGUGGCAGGCAUUGCUGAUGCAGUGGCAGGCAUUGCUGAUGCAGUGGCAGGCAUUGCUGAUGCAGUGGCAGGCAUUGCUGAUGCAGUGGCAGGCAUUGCUGAUGCAGUGGCAGGCAUUGCUGAUGCAGUGGCAGGCAUUGCUGAUGCAGGGCAGGCAUUGAUGAUGCAGUGGCAGGCAUUGCUGAUGCAGAAUGCACGAGAGCCCUUGCACCCCGCCCCAUGCCGGCGGUGGUGCGCUGUUUGA